AUGCCCGGGGUAGCUUGGCUGUUUUACUCCAUGCUGGUGCUGCUCCUGCUGGCCCUGCUGGGGGCUGCUCUGUUCUUCUGGCAGCAUACUCCAGCAAGGAACAAGAUCCCCAGGGCACAGAGGCGUAGAGUGGUAGCUUUGCAGCAGAUGGAGGCACUGGCAAAGCGUCUCCGGCAGCAGGAGCCAUCCCUGGACCCCAAGCCCAUCCUGGAGCUGCCCCUGGAGACACUGGUCCAGAAGCUGCAGGAUGAAGAACUCAGUGUGGAGAGCGUCCUGUGUAGCUACUUAGAGGAGGCACUGAAGGUACACCAGGAGGUGAAUUGCCUGACGGAUUUCCUGGGUGAGUGUGAGGAGCAACUACAGGCAUUGAAGAAGCUUAGGAAGACUGAGAGAGGCCUUCUUUAUGGGGUCCCUGUCAGCCUCAAGGACCCCUAUGACUGCAAGGGCCAUGAUUCUACAUGUGGUCUGACCCAGUUCCUGGAGAAGCCAGUGGCCAAGGACGGGGUCAUUGUGCAAGUGCUCAAGGCUCAAGGAGCUAUUCCCUUUGUUAAGACCAACAUCCCUCAGACACUGUACAGUUUUGAUUGCAGCAACCCCAUCUAUGGACAGACUCUGAACCCUCUGAACUUAAAGAAGACACCAGGGGGCUCCUCAGGGGGUGAGGGAGCCCUGCUGGCAAAAGGAGGUUCCAUCCUGGGCAUGGGUACUGACACUGCUGGCAGCAUCCGUGUACCAGCCAGCUUUUGUGGUAUCUGUGGCUUCAGGACCACAGGAUACCGCCUCAGCCUCUCUGGAGUUUCCAGUGCUGUCAAAGGCAAGAUAUCAGUGACUACAGUGGCUGGCCCCAUGGCCCGGGAUGUGGAGAGCCUGGCCCUGUGUCUGCGAGCCCUGCUAAGUGAAGACAUGCACCGACUGGACCCUACUGUGCCUUUUAUGCCCUUCAGGGAGGAGGUAUACUCCAGUAACCAGCGCCUUCGAAUUGGCUUCUGUGAAACAGAUGGCUUCACCCAGCCAUCUCCUAGCAUGGCCAGGGCUGUGAGGCUCACCUCCAGGCUGCUCCAGGAUGCGGGACAUCAGGUCAUCCCCUUCUCCAUCCCCCAUAUAAAGUAUGCUGUCAAACACCUGUUUGAGGGGGGUCUGUUUGCUGAUGGAGGGGCCACCCUUCUGGAGAAGCUUGAGGGGGACAUUGUGGACCCCUGCAUAAAGGGAAUGGUCAACUGGCUCCGCCUGCCAGACCUACUCAAGUGUUUCUUGGCCUGGAUCCUGAAGUACACAGUGAGUAUGGGACCAAGGACUCCCAAGAAACUGUGGGAGCAGCACGCAGCAGUGCAGGAAUAUCAGCAAAAGUUCAUAGCCAAGUGGAGGUCCCUGGACCUGGACGUGCUGCUGAUGCCAGCUAUGGACCCCGCCUUCCAUAUAUGCUAUUCUGAGAUAGGAACAGAUAUUGCCUCCUACACGGGCCUGUACAACAUCCUGAACUUCCCUGCUGGCGUUGUGCCGGUCACCACUGUGACGCCGCAGGACGAGGAGGAACUGGCCUUCUACACGGGAUACUACAGAGAUAGUACCGACAAAAAUUUCCAGAGGAGACUGCUGGUGCCCCGUCCAUCCGUGUCGCCUAGCGCUCCGGGGACGCUGCAGUGCUUCCCGGCCUCCGCAUUCCUGCAGCCGCUGACUGUUGGCUACUCAUGGGUCAUGGUCAGCUUCUUCUCUGGGGAACAGCCUUCAGCUGCCUCACCCAAGGAAUUCUCCUCCUUUACUGGCUUUUUCAAGUUCCAAGGUCGAGGAUGGAAGAUUAGGUCUCUUCAGGGGGACCUAGAGAGGCUACCUUCCUCUGGCCCCAUCCCUGCUGCCCGCACGUUUAUGCCAGUCAGAAGCCUCCUGAAGGCUCGACAGUCAGAAGCCAACAACGUCCAGUCCACAGAGAAUGGGGAGCCUCAGAGCCCCUCUGGCGCAGCAGACCUCGCCAACACGGGCGGUGACCACGCGAUCCACACCAUCGGACUCGUCGUAUUGGUCACCAACAUCACUGACGAAUUUCGUGCUCCAGCUUCCCCGGCCCAAGGACGCGGCUGCGGGGUGGAAGGCGCCUGCCGGGCAGGGGCCUCGCCCGGCCCAGCCCGCCGACCCGCCGCGGGCCCCGCUCCUUCCCAGGCGCCCCCGCGCCGCCGGCGCUUUGAAGUCCCAAUCCGGCAAAUAGAGUCAAUCAAUUAUGAAGGGAACAAUCUGGCGGCCCCUCGGGGAGCGGCGGCCGAGCGAUCCCGGGGGAUUAGGCCGCAAAUCGCGCUGAGCCUCCCUAAGUGA